GAUUGAAUGGCAAUCGAAUUCGGCUGGGGCAGCUCCUCGCCGCAUGCCUCCCUCGAACUCAUGGCUCCACCUUUAACAGAGAGUGACGAGCAGGAGCUGGCAUGCAAACCACGGGCCGGGGGUCAGAGCUGAAAUCCGAGCCGCCGUGCCGUUCCACCUAUUUAAACGUCUAAAAAAGAAAAGUCCCACCCGAACACGCCGGAACCAUUGCGAAGCGCUGGUCGGGCAGUUGUCUGUCCGCUUCAGGGGACCACAUCAGAAAUCCAGAGCAGGUUCACAAACAGGACGAAGCGAAAGCUGAGCUGAUGACAGGGAAGCAGGGCUCUCUGCCACUUCUUAUCACCUCAGCCGGGCAGCGUUAUGUUAAGUGCCCCAUCUGCUUUCCAUCCAUGGCUCUUUGCUCCUUGGGUUUCAAUUCCAAACAUGGUUAUCCUUCUGGGGUCUCUCUCUGCACUCCCUGUUGCCAAGGGACGUACAUUCCAGAUGAAACACUCGGCGAAGAACCAGAGGGAGAGGGAGGGAGAGGGAGGGAGCAGCAGGCAGGCAGAGAGAGGGGCUGGAAAGAGUGUAAGAAAACAGAAGGGAGAAAUCGAUGCAGGUUCCGAACCAGGCUAGUGGAGAAAUGAAUUCAGGGACUGCUUUUGUCCGGCACAGGACUUGAUCUAUCCAAGUAAUACAUCAGGGAGCAAAUUUUACUUUAGACACUUGUUUAUUUUCUUGUUUCUUAUUCCUUGUUCCUGGAGAAGUGUAUUUUAGUGUACUUUUUUCUAAAGGCCUUUCAGUCAUUUGUUUCACCUUUUUUUGAACUUGGAUCCUGAAGGUGCGGCAGACAGACAUGUGGAAGGAAAACUCAACCCUGUUUGCCACCAUGUUUUAUGGGCACCCUCAGUGUGAGGAGUGGAGCAGCGGCACAGAGGGGGCUGUAUACCAGCUGGGCAACAUCCUGUUUAUCUUAGGGUAUAUGGGGGGCAGUGGUGUUUUCGGCACGAUCUACAUCUUCAGCCUCCUGGCCCCGGGCUUUCUCUGCUACGCUCUGUGGGGCUGGCUGGACGCGUGCGGUGCCGAUAUUGUCUUCUGGAGCAUUCUGCUGCUGCUUCUCUGUCUCCUGCAGCUGGCUCACCUCAUCUACCGCCUCCGCAAGGACAGCUUCGAGGAGGAGCUCGACAUCCUCUACAAGGGCAUCUACCUGCCACUGGAGGUGCCCGUGCCCAUCUUCAAGGAGAUCGUCGCCGCCGGCGAGAACCAGGUCGUCUCUCUGGACAAGGACCAGAACUACGCCCUGGAGGGGAAGACCCCCAUCGACAGGCUGUCCUUCCUGCUGUCGGGGAGGAUUCGCGUCUCUCUGGAAGGCCAGUUUCUUCACUAUAUUUUCCCAUAUCAGUUCCUCGACUCUCCGGAGUGGGAGUCUUUGAGGCCCACGGAAGAAGGAAAGUUUCAGGUGACUCUGACCGCAGAGACAGACUGCCGCUACAUCACCUGGAGGAGAAAGAAACUCUACCUCUUGCUGUCCAGAGAGCGCUACAUUGCCCGUCUCUUCUCGGUCAUGCUGGGGAAUGACAUCACCGACAAGCUCUACUCCCUCAACGACAAGCUCUUUGCCAAGAGCGGCGUGCGUCUGGACAUUCGCCUGCCCAGUCUCUACCACGUCCUGGCACCCUCCACCAGCGAGGCCGACAGCGAGCACGCAGGGGGUUUCGCGCCCGCUAACCAGAAGACCCCACCGCAGCCGGGCCCAAGGAAGAGCGCCGAGCCUGGUGUCAGCAACCCUCACUUUGGGCCUCAGCCCACUGACACAGAGCUGCCCGGGGACAGGCGGCCUGGAAGUCUUUCAAACCUUUUUCAAAGAGGAAGAGCCCCACUGGCUCCUACAGAAACCCCCGAGCUCUGAAACGGGCCCGGCGCUCAGAGAAACGGAUUUUAAGGCGGAAAUUCCGAUUCACAGAAUUCUGCUUUCACGAAGAGACAGAACAGGAGCAACGCCCUGCACAUCUCUUUUCUGGGGCACUUGCAUGACCGCAUCAACGCAGAAAACCCACCUGGACUUUCCACUCACCAAAAGACGAAUGUUUUUUCAUUGUGACUUAUUGUGAAGCACAGUGACUGCUCAGUAUUACUGACAGCCUUAUGUUACCAUAUAAAGUUUGGGGUCAUUAUGUUUCCCAGGGUCUAUUGCUGAAUCUUCACAAAAUGUCAAUUUUGAUACUUGAAUAGCACCAGCCAAAUAAUAUCCAAAGCGCUGUGGGUGUUGGAAAGUGGAGCCAUAUGCCUUAGGGAAGAUUAGGAUGCAACUAGUUUACAACUAAAAAGAACAGAAGAAGAUGGGCAAAAUCCCUGGCACUCUCCAAAUCCUGCAUGGGCCAAGCUUUUCAGGGUUCAGACUGAAUGAUUUUCACUGGAAACACCACAAACUACAUGUAUUCUUCAGAUUGCACAAAUCACACAGUUUGACAAGUAUACUUGGGUAUAAUGAUGAACAGAGUGAAGCAACUGCCAUCACUUCCAAAGCAUAGUGCCACAUUUAAGAUUUUAGUGAACACACUGUAAAUGUGUGGGCUACAGCACUCAUAAAGUCAUGUAAUAGAAUCUGAUAUCUGAAAGAUUUAAGUCUAAAAGGAGCAAAUUAACACUAAUGUUCCUGAAUGUUUAAUGAAAUGGGAAAGAGGCUGAUUCUGAGGUUUAUUUUCCUUUCUAGAGCACUGACACAGAUGACACAUUGGAUUAAAUGUUUUUCUAAACCCCUGUAUGUUUGUGCUAUGUAUAUUUAAAAUAUACAGUCCAAAUAAAGACCUGUAUACAAGGACACGAUACUGGAAAUGUUUUAUAACACAACAAAUAUAUUUGUACCAAAAAUAAUUAAAAUGAAGUGACCGAUAUAUACCGUUAUCUUCUUUCAACAUUGUACACAAGGAUAAAAAAGUUACAAAAAUAAAACAAUUAGACUCUGCAUUUCACUUUGCAGUAACUGAAACAAAAGCAUUACAGCUAGGGCACAGAAAUUGGAAUAAUGAACCAGAAGAGGAAUAUUUUUUUAAAUUACUUUCAAUAAUUAAAAUGAUGUUUCCUUGUUUCUCAAUGUCAUUCAGUCUCUGUCUAUAACAUUGUCGUUAACGUUUUGGCAGUCUGCUGCUGAAUGCUAAAAACUAACUUAUAGUUAGUUAAUUAGUUAAUGUAGUUAAUGUUACAGAUUUAACGUUAUUGUAGCUAUAUUUGUUUGAGAGCUAGGAAAUGGUUAUGGACAAGGUGAAAUAUUUAUCCAGAUAGCGUGAAGAUCAAAAACAGUUUACUGUACAUAAAACUUACUGAGCAUCUAAACCAACCACUGUAUGCAUGCUUGUUUUAAGAAAAAUAAAGUGUAUACAUUUUGCAUAUAGAA